AUGACAGCCUGUUCAUAUCUAUCUAUCUAUCUAUCUAUCUAUCUAUCUAUCUAUCUAUCUAUUAUUAUCUAUCUUUCUAUAUAUGACGUUCUGUUCUGCACUAUCUAUCUAUCUACAUAUCUCAAUCUAUCUAUCUAUCACCGUCAUUAUCUAUCUAUCUGUCUAUCUAUGACAGUCUAUUCAUAUCUAUCUAUCAACUUAUCUCAAUCUAAUCUAUCUAUCUAUCUAUCUGAAGCAGUUCUUUCACAUCUAAGUCUAUUAAUAUCUAUCUAUCUAUCUAUCUAUCUAUCUAUCUAUGACUGUUCAUAUCUAUCUACCUAUUUUAAUUUAUCUAUCUAUUUUUCUAUCUAUCUAUCCCCAUCAAUUCAUCUGCCUACCAACUUACCUAUGUGUUUAUUCAUAUCUAUCUAUCUAUCUAUCUAUCUAUCUAUCUAUCGUCUCUCUUCAUAUCUAUCUAUCUAUCUAUCUAUCUAUCUAUGUAUUCUUAUCUAUCUUUCUAUCUAUGACGGUCUGUUCCUAACUAUCUAUCUAUGUGCCUAUCUCAAUCUAUCUAUCUAUCUAUCUAUCUAUCUAUCUAUCUAUCUGUUGUGUCAAGUUUCAACACUAUCUAUCUAUGGCAGUUUGUUCAUAUCUAUCUAUCUAUCUAUCGUCGUCAAUUCAACUGCCUACCUACUUAAAUAUCUAUACCAGUGUAUUGAUAUAUGUAUGUACCUAUCCAAGUCUAUUCAUAUCUAUCUAUCUAUCUAUCUAUCUAUGUAUUCUUAUCUAUCUUUCUAUCUAUGA